CACUCUUUCUUUCUCUCUCCCCCAAAAUUCCUUUGAAAAACCUUUUCUUUUCUUUUCUUUUAUUUUAUUUUUUCUUUUUUCCCACAGAAGGCUCUGUGUCUGUUCACAAAUUGAAAAAAUAUCGCUUUCUACAACUUCUUUGUCCAUGUACACAUAUGUUGGUAUGUAGAGAGUAGAGAGAUAGACCGCGGGGCCUUAAAAUCUUGGACCCUAGAAAAUCUGAGCGCUCAUGAAUAUUCACUUCCCGCCCAAAACCAAAACACCCAAUCAACACCUUCCAUAUCCGUCCAUUUCUUGGAAUCGAAAGCCGUUUUUUCUCUAAAAACACACAUAUUGCAUACACUUCGCAUUUACUCGACCGAGACCACCGUUUUUUCUUUGUUUUGAUAAUAAAUAAAAGUCGGUCUUUUGAGGUUUUCCCCCUUUGUGGUCAUCAAUUUGUUACUCUUGCUUUGGGUACAUUAGAGAUGAUUUGCUGUUAGGGUUUUGAUUAUCGGAUGGCAGGGUGGUCGAAAAGAGUUGAUGGAUCGGGUCUAGAAUGCCUGAGCGCACUUGAAAAAACCGAGGACAAACUUGGUUCUGAAGUGGGUUUAAAAGGCUCUACGAUUACGAAGGAGUUUGAGGGAGAAAAAGUUAGUAAUGCGACUGGGCUUUUGUUUAUUAAAUUUUUAUCUCAUUUGCUUAAACAAGUUUAUGGUCCUCAGUGUUUUAGGCCAAUGCCUCCAAUGCUUGGCGAUAAGAAUCCAGUUGAUUUGUUUAAGCUAUAUGCUGUUGUGAGGGAGAGAGGUGGGUAUGAGAAGGUUUCCAGGAAUGGGUUGUGGGGAUUAGUUGCUGAGGAAUGUGGGUUUGAUUCACCUUCUGGACUGCCUCUGAAAUUGGUUUAUGCUAAGUAUUUGGACUCACUUGACAGGUGGCUGCUGCAGACGCAUUGUAAGGGAAAGGAGUUGAAGAUUGGGGUGUCAAUGGAAAUGGACCCUGCUUUCAAGGACAUCAUUGAUAAAAUUUUGGAAAUAAAUGAGAUUAAUGGGGAGGUUUUCAAUGCUGAUUUGAAGAAUACAAAUGCUGUUGAAAAUGUGAUUGUUGAUUGUGGCAAUGAGCAAUCAGUUACUGCUGAAACAAACAUCAGUGUACAAUGUGUCAGGGAUGAUAAUGGAUCUGUAACCUCUUUGCCUAAGGAAGAUGGUGCUGACAGAAAAAGGAGACAAGAAUCUUUCCUCGAGGCCCUAAAUUGGGCUAUUAUGGUUGCAAGGGAUCCCGGUGACCCAUCAAUUGGGCAUCUACCAUAUGUUUCCAAGUGGAAGUCGUACGGGACUGAUAAGGUUUGGAAGCAAGUUUUGUUGAUGCGAAAGUGGAUGCUCUUAGAUAGCAACACUGAUUCAAGUUAUCAGCAUUCUAUUUGGCAGAAAUCACAUAAAAUGACUCCCAGUCUGUAUGAGGUUAAGACUCCUGUUGUUUCUGAGAGAGUAAGAUGCAGUCAAAGGAUCAUUGGUGCAAAAGAAGAUUCUUUCAAAAAGCGGCGUACACAGCUCUCUACAGGAUCAUCGUCAACAAGUGUUCAGAGUGAAGAGGAUCCCAGUGAUGCACCAACUGAUUCUACUGAAGAUUCAGAUGUUGGUCGAUCAUGGAACCAGCCUCGCAAAAUUCGGAGACCUGUGGGGCGAAAUUUCCAAGCAGAUGUACCAGAAUGGACUGGGGAGAUUAUUGAAAGUGAUUCUAAAUGGUUGGGGACUCAAAUCUGGCCAUUACCAAAAGAUGAGAAGCUCCGAGUAUUAAUUGAAAGAGACCCUAUUGGAAAAGGAAGGCAAGAUACAUGUGGUUGCCCAAUCCCGGGUUCCUAUACGUGUGUUAAAUUUCACAUUACCGAGAAAAGGUCGAAGGUUGAAAAUGAGUUGGGCUCGGCUUUUAAACUAUGGAAACUCGAUUCUGCUGGUGAUGAAGUUGCAAACUCUUGGACCAAAGAAGAAGAAAAGAAAUUUGAGGAUAUAGUAAAAUCUCAAUCACCUAGCAAGUGUUUCUGGGAUGAAAUUUUUAAGGAGUUCCCUACCAAGAGUAGGGACUCUUUGGUAAGCUAUCACUUCAAUGUUUUCCUUCUCAGACGCCGAGGUCACCAGAAUAGGUUCACUCCUACAGAAAUUGACAGUGAUGAUGAUGAAUCACGGUAUGGUCCCAGGACAAAAUCAUUUGGACGGGAAGUUGUUAAGUCUUCAAACUCAAUAUUUUGUUCCCCAGCGAAAGCACCUCAGGAUACCUGAUAGGCCUUAGAGUUUCAUUAUCUUCAAUGGAAUGGUUCACAACUGUAAAUUGCAGAAGUCUCUCAGUGGUCUUACUGUUCAGCAAGUUUUUGUGGGAAUUGGUUUGGGGUUGCUGAUGCAAAUAUACAAGGCCAUGACAAAAUUGUAUAAUUGGGCAUUAAAACGUGCCCUUUUGCUGGAUAGCUUUCCUUUUAAUACUCAUCCUGAUAACAGGAGGAAAUUUUUGCUUUAUUUUCAUGGCUCCCAUAGUUUACAGUUUUACAACAGUGUCAGCUCAUUAGUGAGUUACUGUACAUUGUUUUUGUCAUUUUGAAACAUCUUUUCUUAUGGGAAUUUUCUCUUCUUUCAA